AUGUCAGAAGGGGGCCUCGUUUCACUCGGUUCGCUCCGUCUACAUAGCGGUCACCAAGCGUUCGAACGAAUCAAGACAUACCUUGAAAAUCCUCCUAUUCUUGUCCCGCCAGUGCGGGGUCCUCCCUUCUCUUUUGAAAGCGGGUGGGGUAAACAACUAUUCUUUUCUCCAGUCAGACAAGAGCAGGUGCUGCCAGAAGACGAGGAUCCACAGGUCAAGGAAGUGAAGGAUGCUAUCUCCUAUCUAGAGGCUAGACGGGACGCAGUCCAAGAAGAGCUUCUGGAUUUGAGGAGGUAUGAGGUCUACAGUCCCAGCAUCUCCGGUGCCUCAGCGCAGAAGGAACGAGAGUGGUGCACUCUCAGCAAGCAGGUGGAAGUUCUCAAAGAUCUUCUUGAGGAAAUCCGCCCUAUCAAAGAAGAGACGUCCGGAGGUCAGAUCCUUGAUCUACAGCAGCAGCCAGAAGAGGCCACUCAGCUAAAGGACGACCGGUGGCAACACCGAGGUGACAGAGUCCUGUAUAAGGCCGAUUCUAGCCCACUGGAGCACAAAGAGAAACGGCCCCGCCAACAUUCAAAGAAACUCCGCCUAGACCGCUAA